CCGUUGCUACGCCACUGCUGAAAAUAGUAAGAAAUUAGAAAUACUUAUCUCCACCAAAGCUACACAUUAAAAAUCAAUAGUUCUAUAGUUCAUUAAAUCACUAUUAGCAUGAAUAAAAUCUAUGUAGCAUUCAUCAUGAAUCCUUUAGCCAAGUAAACUCCCAAGAAAUGAUGUAUUUGCCAAGGAUUACUAAUCAGUAUGCAAGAGGUUUACAAAAAAUGGAAGUUUCUGCUUCAAAAGAUAAUAAAUCCAUGUUGAGAAAAAAAGCUCAUCCAGAACCAUCAUGUCUGUAAAGAAAUUCUUCAAAGCAUUGAUUCGACGUAAACAACUGGACUUCGGGGCUUUGACAGACACUAAUCUAAAUCGUUGCCUGUCUACUUUAGAUUUAACAGCCUUAGGUAUUGGAAGCACUCUUGGUUUGGGAAUAUAUGUACUGGCUGGACAGGUAGCCAGCACCAAGGCUGGUCCGGCUGUAACUCUAUCAUUUUUUAUUGCCGCUGUGGCGUCAGUUUUUGCAGGAUUGUCCUAUGCUGAGUUUGGAGCCAGAGUUCCUAAGACUGGUUCAGCAUACGUAUACAGCUAUGUCACAGUGGGAGAAUUUAUGGCAUUCGUGAUUGGUUGGAACUUAAUUCUAGAGUAUGUAAUAGGCACAGCAUCAGUGGCUCGUGGUUACAGUGGUUACAUCGAUUCUUUAACCAACGGAACCAUCGAACGAACACUAAUAGAGCUGCUCCCUAUAAACAAUACAGGAAUCUCUGCUUAUCCAGAUUUUCUAGCUCUAGGAAUUACACUGUUGUUAACAGUCAUGUUAGCAGUCGGUGUCAAGGAGUCAUCUAGAUUCAAUAAUGUAUUUACUGUCCUGAACUUAGCUGUUGUUCUGUUUGCUGUCAUAGCUGGAGGCUUCAAAGCUGACAUAACAAACUGGAAGUUGUCCAAAGAAGAGGUUCCGGAUGACGCAGGUGAAGGUGGGUUUUUUCCUUUUGGCUUUUCUGGCAUGAUGCAGGGGGCUGCUACCUGCUUUUACGGCUUUAUUGGAUUUGAUGUGAUAGCAACAACAGGUGAAGAAGUGAAGAACCCACAGAGAGCUAUUCCUAUUAGCAUCGUCUUAUCUUUGCUAUUUAUUUUCUUUGCUUACUUUGGCGUAUCUUCAGUCCAGACUCUAAUGUGGCCUUAUUGGGACCAAGACCAAGCUGCUCCCCUUCCGUACGUGUUUCAGAUGGUGGGUUUGCCCUGGGCAAGAUGGGUGAUAGCGAUCGGAGCUCUAGCUGGUCUCUCUACAAGUCUUCUAGGUGCCAUGUUUCCCUUGCCUCGAAUCUUCUACGCCAUGGCCAGCGACGGCGUCAUCUUUCGAACAUUAGCCAAAAUAAACCCUAGACUUAAAACGCCUCUCUUGGCAACAGGAGUGUCUGGAGUACUCUCUGGUGUUAUGGCAAUGAUGUUUGAUAUCAAGGAACUCGCCGAUAUGAUGUCAAUUGGGACACUUUUGGCUUACUCAUUAGUGGCACUCUCAGUUUUAAUACUAAGAUAUCAGAAAGAUCCUACAGAUUCCAAUGAAAUGAGCACAGAUACAAACGCACACCAAAAAGAAAAGUCGGCUACAUUUGAACAAGUUUUAAGACAAUUUAUAAACUUAAAUAGGAUUGACAAACCCACAGCACUGUCUUCGAGAAUUAGUCUAGGACUAAUUUUAUCAACGGGUGUCGUAAUAGUCAUUCUGGAUUCACUGCUGAUAACCUACGAAAAUGACAUCAUUAACCAAAAAGUAAAAAGUAUCACUAUUGUAGCGUGUGUCGCUUUUUGUGGAAUUUUACCAAUUUUUGCUCUAUGGAAUCAACCUUCUAAUCAAAAAAAGGUCUCCUUCAAGGUACCCCUAGUUCCGUUCUUACCAUUUCUCAGUAUUUUUGUAAACAUAUACUUGAUGUUUAAACUGUCAAAAAUCACGUGGAUUCGUUUUGCUGUCUGGAUGAGUAUAGGCUUAGUUAUAUAUUUUGGAUACGGUAUAUGGAAUAGUAACGAGCGUACACGUGCUCAUAGAUCUUCUGUCUCUAAAGCUUGCUCUACAGCUCAGCUACAGAACUCAUUUGAAAGCUGGAGGGAAGAUGUAGAUUCUGGCAGUUCAGUUAGACAAGAAAUGGAAAUUCCCAAAAUAGAGCAGGAGAAUGUCAGUAAAUUAUAAGUUCAGCAUUAUUUAAAUUCAUAUUUUUAAAUAAAAAUAACAGUUUAUCAAACUUUCUAUCAGUAUCUCCUGUUCCUAAUCCUGGUAACUUGCAUUCAUUGUAACACUACAAAUAUCCUGUACUCAAAACAUUCAAAAAAUGAAGGGCACCAAAAAGUGUUCGAAAAAGUACAUGUAAGUGAGAAAGCUCAGUAUGCAUAUGAAACAUUUUGUCUUCUUAAUGCUAAAGAGUUCUGUUGUUAGUUUAAAUGGAGAAAAAAAAAGUUUUAUAUUAUAAACGUGUUUUAUUGUUUAUGUACAAUAGAUGGCGAUCAUAUCGUUAUACGCUCAACUGCUGGUAUUUUUAAUAAUUUCCUUAGUGGUUACAUAAUUAAGAGUUAUAAUAUAAAGAAUAAAUAUGCUAACGUUUCAUUGUGUCUUGAGACAUUAUAUAAAGUGCCAAUGUAUCAGAAAGUUUUGUAUUGUUUUUCGUAAAUAUAUAUAUAUAUAUAUAUUCUUCAAACAUUACUAUGUACAUCCAGUGUUGCUAUAAGUCUGAGUUCUGUUAUGGUUAAUAAAUCUUGAAAGUUGUAACAGCCCGGCGUAGUAGACCGAAAACUUUGCCUUUUGGAUCUUUCGUUAGAUUAUGUUGUAACAGUAAGUUGUAUAAUAUUUUAUUAUUAAUAUUGUAUUUCCAUUGUCGAACAGUAAAUAAAACAUUGUCGUAACU